GAUUUCUCCAAUUAUUUCGUUCACACGAAGUAGAAAAUUGAAUAGAGAUUUAUUAGGAAAGAAAUAUAUAGAUAUCCACGAUAAUUUUGUGUAUGUUAUGAACGUUAAACAAGAAAUGAUUGACGAAGUACCUAUAAGCAACAUUGAAAAUAUAAAUGGGAGUCUAUAGAAUGCAUACAAUUAAACAAAAAAUAAAUUAUGACUCAAAUAAGGUUACAAAAGUAUUUAAUUCUGUUGAUGUAGUUAAAACAAAAAGGAAUAUUCUCUAUACAAACAACUUCAAACAUUCAAAAGUUAAUUGUAGGAAGAAAACCAAAUCACCAGUUACAGAACUACUAAGAAAUAAGAAAUGUAUUGAACCCAAUUCUAAGGGAUUAAUGAUAUGUGUUUAUUGUGGCAAUUUAUACACGAAACAAGUAGAAUUUUUAUAUCACAUUUCAAACAAUCAUUGCAUAAAGAAAAAAAAUAUUAAACUUCACCAUAAAAGUAGAAAUGAUACUUGUAUUAUGGGAAACCUUGAUAUAAAAGAUGAAUUCGAAGUAGUCGAACAUAAAUUGAAAAUGGAGUUGCAGGAAAUCACGAAUCAGUUCGAUGUUACUGAUAAUAAUCUAAGCUCAAAUGUACACAAGGAAGGAAGUAAAUCAAAUAUAUAUUUGGGAACUCACAAACGAUUAAAACCAUUUGAUUGCAUCAUUUGUCCAAAAUCUUUUACCUGUAAAAGUAGUUUAAAUAAACAUUCUCGUAUUCAUACAGGAGAAAAACUUUUCGAAUGUGUUAUUUGUACGAAAUCUUUUCCAUAUAAAAUUUGUCUCAAUAAACAUUUAGUUAUGCACACAGGAGAAAAGCCAUUUAAAUGUGAAAUUUGUUUGAAAACAUUUUCUCAUAAAAGUAACUUAAAUACGCAUGCGCGUAGUCACAAAGGGGAAAAGCCCUUCAAAUGUGACGUUUGUUUGACGACUUUCUCUCAUAAAAGUAAUUUAAAUACGCAUAUUAUGCUCAAGCACACAGGAGAAAAGCCAUACGAAUGUGAAAUUUGUUUGAAAACGUUCUCGAAAAAAGAAAGUUUGAAUUUACAUUUCCGUCGACAUACUGGAGAAAAGCCAUUCAAAUGUGACGUUUGUUCGAAAACUUUCUCACAGAACAGUGGUUUGAUUGCUCAUGUACGUAUUCAUACUGGAGAGAAGCCAUUUAAAUGCGAGAUUUGUUUGAAAUCAUUUUCUGAUAAAAGUAAUUUUAAUGUACAUAUGCGCAGUCACACAGAAGAACACCCAUUCAAAUGUGACGUCUGCUCGAAAACUUUCUUACAAAAAAUUCAUUUAAUUACACAUUUACGUGGUUACAUUGGAGUAAAGCCGUUCAAAUGUGACAUUUGUUCCAAAACUUUCUUACAUAAAAAGUCUUUAAAUAAACAUUUGAAUAACCAUAAGUAAAUAAUUCAAAAAAACAUAUUUUGCUAAUAUGAUGGCUAAAAUUACUAAUCAAUGUACACGAAUUUAAUCUACAGGGUGUUUCGAAAAAAGGUGAUCCCGUCUCUAGGAUAGAGAUAUUUCGUAAAUUCAUCCGUAUUCAAGAUAAACGGCGUUGAAGAAAAAAAAUUAUAAACAUUUUUUACGAUUUUGCAAAAACUAUUGGCAACAUUGUAUUGAAAUCUUAUACAAAUAUGUUUUGGAAGCUGAUACAUUCGAUAAAUUUGAUUUUAUGUCUGACUCUCAUAGAGGGCGCAUUUUCAUUAGCACUUUUUACCUCGUAUUUCUUACGCCAGUCGCAUAUUCUUUUUCGUAUCUUUUCGAAGAUUUAAUUGGAAUAAUUUGCUUCCGCUAUUUUCUCAGCAAUCUUAUUUGAAUUAACAGCCAUUCUUUCUGAAAAUAUUUUUUUCUGCCUUUGUAUAUAAUGUAACCUUAGCGACUUCUGUUAAUUUUUAUUUUUUUACCUGUUACAGACAAAAGGAAUCUUGUUUUUCAACACACUUAAUCCCGUAAUAAUUACAUACCCUUCAAUUUGGACCUACUCUCUAUGCGCUUCUUUUUAGGCAAUGUAAUAGUCUAAGAGCCAGUGAAAGGCUACCUGUAUGUAUUUGACCAGACCUGAUUUUUGGUGUAUUGAGGCCCCUAUACCUACCCUACAUGGAAUGGGGACUCACUAAGCCUAAAGUGGUGGACGCGGCUAGUGCGCAGGUAACACAGGUAUUAAUUUUUAACCAAUUUUGAAUCCAUUUGACCACGUCUGCCGUUUUGAAAUUAUAAAAUAUAUUAUUAUUAUUAUCGGAAAAUAACAUUGGCAGACUAUUAUCACGCCGAUUUCUUUGUGGCAGACAAUUUUGAAAUUUCAAAAAAAAGUCAAAUUUUGAAAGUAUUUGACCAGAUCUGCCAUUGAUGUAUUUUAUUAAUUACAGUCUAAAAAACUUAUAUAUAUCACGGCAGACGUCUACAUCGCGUAUAAAUCUCAAUAAUUAACAAAAUCCCAGCGACAGCCCGGUCAGAUGUAUAUGUAUUAUAUUCGUUAAUUUACAUCAAUAUAAUUAACUUUUGAGUCACUUUAUGAGAGUAUUUGGAAAAAUUAAAAUUUUUUUUUAUUAUAUAUAUUAUAUUUCAUUAUUUAAAUGAUAAAAAGUAUAUAUUUAAGGAUGAACAAUAAAUAAUAAGGUA